UAUGAGUUUCAUGUGCUACCUGGGAUUAUUAGAUCUCGUUUAUCAUGGACAUGAACCACGUACUACGUCUAUUACCGAGCGAACUCGUAGUUCAUGUCCACUUCAUCAGGGGGCGCAUCAUGCGUGCGCUGAAGCGGGAUGGCCGGUCUCGGGUUUCUCUUUGUUGAUGGUUAAUGAUCUCGACGAGUACGUACUCUACGAUUGACGUGUGAUAUGAUGAUAUAAAAUGGCACCCACUAUUCAAACCAACAGCAAUCAAGCCGACAGAGAUAAACGCACGACUAGGCCAGCGGAAAAAAGAUCUGAACUCAUAUGUCGAGUUAAAUAUUGCAAUACGCUGCCGGAUAUUCCGUUUGAUCCGAAAUUUAUAACAUAUCCUUUCGAACCGACUAGGUUCAUUCAGUAUAAUCCGACCUCUUUGGAGCGUAAUUAUAAGUAUGAAGUAUUGACGGAACACGAUUUAGGUGUUGAGAUUGAUCUGAUAAACAAGGACACAUACGCGGGAGAUAUAAAUGCACAGUUGGAUCCGGCUGAUGAGAAACUAUUGGAGGAAGAUGUUCUUACGCCACAAGAUUCUAAACGAUCUAGACAUCAUGCCAAGAGCGUCUCGUGGCUCAGACGUACAGAAUAUAUUUCCACAGAAAGUACUAGAUUCCAGCCGCAAACAGCGGACAAGGUUGAAGCCAAAGUUGGUUAUAGCAUCAAGAAGAACUUCAAGGAGGAAACACUGUAUAUGGACCGCGAUAGUCAAAUAAAAGCUAUAGAAAAGACAUUUGAAGACAAUAAGAAACCAAUUGAAAGACACUACAGCAAAGCAAAUGUAGUACCUAUAGAAGUAUUGCCGGUAUAUCCAGACUUCAAGUUAUGGAAAUAUCCAUGUGCGCAAGUCAUAUUUGAUUCUGAUCCUGCACCAACGGGUCGAUCUGUACCAGCGCAAAUUGAGGAAAUGUCACAAGCUAUGAUAAGAGGUGUGAUGGAUGAGAGUGGCGAGCAGUUUGUAGCUUACUUUUUACCGUUGGAAGAAACGUUAGAGAAACGCCGACGAGAUUUUACUGCUGGUAUCGAUUACGCUGACGACGAGGAGUACGAGUACAAAAUGGCGAGAGAGUAUAAUUGGAAUGUCAAAAGCAAAGCCUCCAAGGGAUACGAGGAAAAUUAUUUCCUCGUGAUAAGACAAGACGGGGUUUACUAUAACGAACUGGAGACACGAGUGCGACUGAGCAAACGGCGCCAGAAGGUCGGACAGCAGCCAAAUAACACGCGCUUGAUUGUACGUCAUCGACCACUGAACGCCAAUGAAUUCAGAAUGCAGAGAUACCGGGAGAAACAAUUGGAACCGCCUGGAGAAGAAGACGAGGACGAAGAGGAGGAAGAGGAGGAGGAAGAAGAACAAGACAUUCAACAAGAAGUGGAGAAAAACGACGGCAAAGGUUCCGAAGCGGAGAACGAGGGUGAAUCGCGCGCCUCGUCCAGGGCAUCCUCGCGAGCGUCUAGUAGAAAAUCACGAUCCAAAUCACGAUCUCGUUCCGGCUCAAGAUCGAGAUCGCGCUCACGCUCGCGUUCACCAUCCAAGUCCAGAUCGCGCUCGCGUUCUCGAUCACGCUCGCGCUCCCAGUCGCGUUCGCCGUCCAAGUCGCGCAGCAAAUCGCGGUCUAGAUCCGGCAGUCCUCAGUCCAGGAACUCGUCGCGAUCUAGGUCCAAGUCGAGAUCGCGCUCGGGAACGCCUACGAAGUCACCGUCGAGAUCUCGGUCGAGUUCGCGAUCCAAGUCCAGAUCGCGAUCGAGGUCGAGAUCCGCCACUGGUAGCGGUAGCGGCUCCGCCAGCGCGAGCGGCGAAAGCGGCUCGGAAAGCGAGUGAAUCGAGAAGCGUGAUCGAUAGUACUCUGCUUGUUUGUCGAUCAUUUCCAUUCGAAUCGCUUCGACGAAUAAAUCGUUUAUAUCGUCGCACUUGACAAAUAUUCCGCUUGUGUUCGGAGAGCACCGAAUGAAUACAAGAUACUCUGAUACUGUUUGAGUGGACAUUUUUGGAGAAGAACCGUACACGCGUUUUACAAAAUGUACGAGUGCUCGGUGGUACGAUUGAAAAAAAAAAAAUAAAUUUAUAAGGAAAGCAUUUUUUUAUUACGCAU